AUGUUUCUUCGUGCGAAUCGUCGUAAAUUGAGUAUACCAGUUACUUCUCAAGAGUAUUCCUUCGAGCAAGUGAAACUGCUUGCUGACCAGGGUGCCAAUUACAUCAAAAUGAAAGAUGGGUUAAAUUGUUUUUGUGAGGAAGAAGAAGACAGAACUGCCAGCAACGAUGAUGGUGCGAUUUAAGGUAUUGUAAUUUAUGUCCUAAUCAGUUCCAACCGUGACUGACCCCCCCCCCCCUAACUCCCACCCGAAAUUUGUUCAUUUUGUUGAAGUGUUGAACCACUCAAAGUAAUAAAUAUAGUUGCAUAAUGGGAGGGGGAGGGGUUGGUUGAUUGGUGGUCAUACUUGGAAUUGAUCAAGACAUAAACGUUAUAUAAUUUGUGAUUAUAUAGAGAACAAUGGCUGAUCGCAUUAUUAAUCCGCACCCCCCACCCCACCCCUAUUGAGGACAUGUGGAAUUUCCAAUGGCCCCCUGUGGAGGGUCAAUAAUGGAAAAGAAAUUCCAAAGGAUAGGAUAAAAUUCAGCAAGGAAUUUUCCAAGGGAUAGCUAUUAAUCAAAGAAUCAAUAUGGAAUUUCCACUGGCUAGAUCAAAAACUGUCAAGGAAUUUCCAUGGGAUGGGUUAAAAGUUUAUAAAAAAUUUGCAUAAAUUCCAUGGGCAUGGCUAAAAUUCAAUAAAAAUCUGCAGAAAUUCCACAGGGGAGGCUAAAAAUUCGCUUAACAUAUGUAGAAAUUCCAGGGGAAGAGGGGACCAAAAAAUGGAUGUCCUCAACAGGGGGGGGUGCGGAUUAAUAAUGCGAUCAGCCAAUACAUGGGUGUACGGAAAUACAACAUUAUUUCGAGUAUUGAACAUGAUAUCUCAAGAGUGAGCACAGCGAAGGAGUGAAAUAUCAUGUUCAACACGAGAAAUAAAUCUGGUAUUUUGAAGCAUCCAUGAAUUUUUCUGUUUAUUAUAUAAAGUGCAGUCUUUGAAAAGCGAUAAUUUUUACAGCAAAGUGACAUAAUUUUCACAUGUGAAAUUGUCACAAAUAAUCUCACAUGUGAGAUUAUCAGUUUUAUGAUACCACUAAACUUAAUACAGAUUACCACUAUACUUAAUUAAUAUUAUAAAAUAUUUUAACUUAAACUGCUAUUUAAGUGGUCAAGUGGUACAAAUUGUCACAAUUGAGUGAGUGAGGUAAUUUAACAUCACUAUGUUGAAAGAUUAAGUGCUUUUUCUUAGGCAGUUUAGUCAUAUUUCAGAGGGAAUUAAUUCAAUUAUUAAGAGCUAUUCCUCAAAAGCAUCUGGUCUUAUUGUUAAGGCGACACUCAGCCAGGAAAAAAACCCUCACCUUUGCUACUUGGCUACAGCUCUUACCAACUGGCUAGUUACUUGGUUAUAGCUCUUACCAACUGGCUAGUUACUUGGAUACAGCUCUUACCAACUUAGCAUGUUGAAGAAGGUUUGGCUAUUGUCAAUUAACUUAAUUUAGCCUGCAAACCAUGCACCUGAUUAUAUAUACCAUUGUAGGCAAUUUUACUUGUCAAUGGGUGAGCUCUAGGAGGGUUAACAUUAACCUAUGAAAAGUGCAGUGUACAGUACAUGCACUGCAAAUAGUGCUAAUCUCCGGCUUCAUUGGUUCACAACAAAUGGGAUAAAGUCAAUAACCGGAUAAUGGCAGAUAUUAUUUGGCUUAAUUUUGUCCCCAAGGUAAGAUGACAUGAUGCAGCAUAUUAAAGCAUGACGAUUUAUUGUUGGUUUGACACAACAUUUAUGACUUCAGAUUAUAUGUAUACUUUCAACAAAUUCAACGUUCCUAUUAUUUGUAAUCAACUCUAAUUCUAUGAAAUUGAUGCACACGGCACACAACACUAACUGCAACAUGUACGUAGCCAUACUGGCUUACUGUAAGAAGACGAAAUCAUUAAUGCAUGUAAUUUGUUAUCUUUCAGAAACAUUGUCCAGGCCAGCUUUUUCUAUGGAUAAAGUAGUGGAAUUGCCUGCACCUGAGAAAACAGUUGAGGAAGUACCAAAACCAAAGAACCUGUGGGUUUUAGAAGAAAACAAAGGAGAAUCUAGAGCAAGCUUCCGAGGUCCAUUGGAAUUAGUUGCAUGUGAUUGUGUCGAUUAUUGUAAAAGUAAUGACAUUACAAAUCUUGUAGAAAUCUUACGUUAUGUCCAAAGUUGUAUUGUUACUGGCAGGCCAUUGGAUGUACAAGAUGUCACUGUCAGCUUAGAAGGUGAAACUUCCUACAUCUUAAUUAAUAGAUAUGUUUUAAAAACCGCACUUGAAGAAAUAAAAUCCAUUGAGAAUCCAAGAGUAACACUUGAAGUGUCUUUUUAUAAUGAGACCGCUCAGGAUAAUGGUGGACCCCGCAGGGAAUUUUUCUGCAUUUGCUUAAAAGAAAUCAAGACUACAUAUUUUGAUAAUGGCCUCAAAGCACAUCUUGCGGACGACUAUACCAUUGUUGGGUUGAUAAUGGCCCUCAGCACCUUGCAGAACGGAGCUAUUCCAAGGUUCCUAAAUACAAUCUAUAUGUUCACUUAUAAAUGCUUGAAUACAGGCUUGACGAGUAUGUUCACACAAUAUCGGUUGUGA